AUGGGGGUACACGGUCUCACCACAUUCCUUCGAGAAAACCGGCGCGUGUUGUCCAAACAGGAGACAUUCUCAAAUACACCGGGUAUUAGCACAAGGCCGCUUGUAAUUGAUGGUUGGUCGUUGAUUUUUGCUCUCUAUAAUGACUCAGGGCUUCCUUGGGCGUAUGGGGGAGAAUAUGAAGGAUUUGCCACGUUAGUAAAGAAUUUGGCAAGUGCUUGGAUUGCAGUCGGGUUGGAGCCCUAUUUCGUCUUCGACGGUCCUGUACCGCUUGCCAAGACUCCGACAACUCUUAAACGAUAUACCGAAUCUGGAAUUCAAAACUCAAAUAUCUUCUUUCGUACCUCUGCCUCUGCAAGAUCGACACCCAGCUUCCUAGCUUCGACGCGUAUCAUACCACCUCUCUUACUCGAGACAUGUCUUUCUGCUUUGCGCGCACUUGCAGCCUCAAAGGAACAUGUUUCUCUACGACCUCAUAUCCUCAUGGCGGAUGGAGAAGCCGAUCCAUACUGCGUAUCUCUUGCUGGAAAGUUAGAAAACGGUCUGGUAUUAGGGCUGGACUCGGACUUUGCGGUGUUAAGUGUUGAAGGAUACGGUGGAUACAUUCCUCUCGACGAAAUGACCUGGUCCUCUACCUCGGAUGAUAUUCCAAUAGCUCAGCCAGAAGAGGACAGCGACGGAUUUACAGCCGUCCAAACCAAACAACGUCCCAAACGCAAACCGAGCGGCCUCAUCCCACCCGCUUCUACUGGCGAACUAAGCCUAAGUGUAGCAGUUUAUCACCCCCAAAGUCUUGCAUCCUUCCUUAGUCUUCCAUCGGCUCUUCUACCACUCUUCAGUGCCCUGGUGGGAAACGACUUUUCCAACCCUCAGAACACAAGAAAGUUCUUCGAGCACCGGUCCAGUCCUAUAGAACGGAUAUGGAAAGUUGCUCGCUCCGUUUCUGCUGCAAUAAAGAAAUCAAAUAGUGGGGUGAAGGAAGGGGGAGAUGCAGUGCUCGAUGUUAUUCAGACGGCCGUGUCACACUUGCUUAUUCGUCCGGAUACAGUCGCAAGUGGGGAGAUGGAAACAAUCGUAGACCAGACGGUCGAGGCCGCUUUGGAGUGUACUAUUCCUGCUCCUUCGCCUUUGCCCGCUUCUUAUUGUGCGGUUCAUGCGGAAGGCGAAUGCCCACUCUCUUCCUUGUCCCCCGAACUACUGAGCGCGUAUAGGGAGGGAAACAUUCAUCCUCGAUUAGUGAAUGCCAUCACAACGGGAAUAGUAUUCCCCAAACUCUUUCUCGAGGAUCCGGAGCAAAAGGCUUGCGGCGCUGUGUGCAAGACAAUAUGGGACUGGAUAUGGGCGGUUUUCACUGCCGGGGGUCAUAUAUGCUUCCCAGCUACCGAGGACUCCGGUUCUACAAUUGGUGGGACCGAAUCUAGGGCUGAUGAUGAUUCAGAAUUGAUCAGCGUUGUCGAGGAAUUCACCGCCACGGAUCCAUCAGUUUCUUCCGAGUCCGAUGGCCUGGCGUCCGAGUUGAAGGAGAGACUCAAGGGGUUGGUUUUAGGCGAGAACGCUUCGGCUUCUACUCCUAGCCCCGAGAUAAAGUCCAUUGUGCAGUAUGCGAGGAGGGGAUUGAAACUCGACUGGAUCGAGAAAGAGCGGAUUUCUGUCUUUCUUCGAGGUACUCGGAGCCAUACUCCGAUGAUUAUCGAAGCUUUCGAAAAGGGCGAUAUAAAAGUCGAAAAGCUACUCUGGAUCUGUGUCAUUCGAUGCGUUGUACAGUCUUCGCCUUCCUUGGGUGGAAAUUCGGCCGCACCCGCCGUAGUGGGGAAAUGGCGAAAAUCAGAAGCCCGAUCAUUCAUCGGCUCUCUUUCAUUCGAGCCCGAGCCCGACUCCCCAUUUCCCCCUCUGGAUACACGAACCAUCCAACGCACUGCUCAGCUCUUGUACACUUUUGAUGCAAGCGCGAGAUUAGCCGAAGUACUGUACCUGUUUGGUGGGGAGGUUGGGAAGGCUGUGAGGAUGUUCAGUGGUAGGGCUGCCCAUUCUCAGCCCCAGGAGCGGGUAGACGAGAAAGCAUGGGAGCUGGUAUGUGAUGAGAUUGAAGAGGAUGUUUGGGCGCAUGAGCCCGAUAAGAUCAAGCAGAAAGCAAAGAAGAAAGCAAAGGCUGGUGGUAGACCUGCUCCUGCUAGUGGAAAGAGUAUGGGAUUUAAUGUUCUGGCAUCCUUAGGAAGUGAAUGA